AAUGAUCCAAAAGUUUUGGGAAAUAGCAAUUCAACCCCAAAGUUGACUAUUACUUUGGGAAAUAGUCCUAUAAAAGCUCUCAAAUUCUUCUCCGUUCCUUUAUCCCCAAAACUUCAUUCAACAAAGCAAGCCUCAAUCGAAAAAUCAAAAUAUCAUGCCUCCUCUUUCUUUUCCCUUUCACCACCGUCCCUCCGCCGCAGACGACGACGGUGACGCCAUUGCCGCCCUCCACUCCGACAUCCUUCAAACUCAUAUCCUUACCCGCCUCGACGGCCCGGCUCUGACUUCCGCCGCCUCCGCCUCUUCCCGCUUCCGCCGUCUCUCCAGCGAGGACCAACUCUGGCGCCGCGUUUGCUCCGCCUCCUGGCCGUCAAUCACUCAUCCGAAAGUCCGGCAGGCCAUCUCCGCGUUUCCUUCCGAACACCAAUCCUUCUUCUCCGACGUAUUUCCAGUGCUCGAUUGCCGGUCUCUCCGUUGUGACCUCGAUUGUUCCUCUUCCUCCUCGACUUCCGAAUCGAUCUCCGCCGUGGACAUUCAUUACAAGGACAAACUCCUCUUCUCAAAAGUCCAUUCAAUCGGAACGGAAACGAAUUGGUUCCUGUGUUCCCCUUUCCGAGUAGACCUAAUCGAUCCAAAGGAUUCGAUUCCAUCGGCGAUUAGACGAAGCGAGAAAUACGAAGAUUGGUUAGGGCAUUUAGAAGAAAAUCUAAGGGUGAGUUGGAUUGUAAUCGAUCCGAAUAAGAAUCGAGCGGCGAACAUCUCGAGUAGGGAGGCAGUGAAAGUGGGACGGCAUUGGUUGUCGGGAGACAUACAAGUGCAAUACACAACGGUGAUGGGAGGCGAUAGGAAGGCGGGGUGGGCGAUGGAGAUGGUGCAGUGUGCGGUGGUGGUGAGUUGCGGGGAGAAGGAGGAAGGGAUGGAGAUGAAUGUAAGGGAGGUGAGUAUGCAGAUGUUGGAUAUGGAAGGGAAGCAUCUGAAUGGGAAAGAGAGUUUGGGGAUUUUGGGGGAAGCCAUGGAAAGAGGGAAGAGAAUUAGGGCAAAGAAAGGGGAAGGGAAACUGAAAUAUGAAGAGUACGAAGAAUUGAAGAGGAAGAGGAAAGCCAGGAAAGAAAGGAUUGAGAAUGGUUUGGAUAUGCUCUGUAUUUUUACUGGAAUCUCCAUUCUUUUUUCUUUCUGCUUCUUCAUCUUCCUCUCCACAUAGAUACCUAUAUUAAAUUAACAUCACAAAAAUAUACCCUUCUUUAUUCUUUUUUUCUUUCUUUUUCAUUUUUAUACCUUAAUGUGUACAUAUUUCAUGAAACAGAUGAAAUUAUUGGAAAUUUAGUUUAUAUCAUCUCUUUUUCUUU